UUCGUUUUCGUCGUCAGUUAAAUUGCGAACGUGUCCGCGCGCGCAACGUUCUAUCGUUUUCUUUUUCUCUUCUUUCUCGCUUCGUUUCGCUAUACUUAAAUUUUCCUUUCGCUUCGCGUCGUGACCAGGAACACGCGCAUGCGAGUUCAUUUUUCAAAAAAAAAAUAAAGAGACGAUAAAGAGAGAAAAAUAAAAAAGAAAAAUAGAGAGAGAGAGAGAGAGAGAGAGAGAGAGAGAGAGAGAGAGAGACUACAAAUUUACAAGUUUAUACUCUCAAGAAAAAAGAAAAAAGCUCUUAAGCAGGAUGAAGGGUUUAACUUUGUCAUUUUUGAUUCUGACGACUGUGACAACGAUAACAAAGGUAGCGUGGUGUCACGAGCCCUUCCAAGUGAUAUUCCAAUGGAACACGAUAGAUGUGGUCUGGCCGACGGAAGACAUGCGCCAAUUAGCCAUUCGAAAGGGCGAUUACAUACCAGCGAACAAUUUGAUAGCAGGUAUUAAGUUUUGGAAAAAUAAAAUGUAUUUGACGAUACCAAGGUGGAAGGACGGAGUGCCCGUAACAUUGGGAGUCACAUCGGCGAUACCAAUCGAAAGAAAUACGGCACCAAAAUUAGAGGCUUUUCCUAAUUGGAACAUGCAAAAGAUUGGCGACUGUAACGCUUUUCAAUUGGUUCAUAGUAUGGAGAUAGAUCCGAAGGGUCGAAUGUGGGUACUUGACACUGGAAGGCCCGCUGCCUUGACCUUGGACGUUAAGUCCGAGUGUAGGCCUCGCUUGGUUAUCCUCGACCUUGAGAAUAAGGGUGAAAUACUUCGUAGUUACGAGUUCCCGGAAGAUGUUGCCCCUCGUAACACGGCCUACCUCAACGACAUCGUUUUAGAUCACGAGGACGGUGGUAUGGCUUAUAUAACCGACAACGGGAAUGUUGAUCCCGGUAUUAUCGUUUAUUCUUUAAAGAAUAAUACAUCUUGGAAGAUCAGACACGAAUCGAUGAAGGCUAAAGCCGAGGCCGUGGGAUUCAUGGUCGCAAAAACUCAUGUAAUAUUACCGAUUCACGUAGAUGGAAUCGCACUCUCACCGGCGAGUAGCAAGGAUAGACAGGUUUAUUAUUCUCCCAUAUCCUCUUUUCAUCUUUACUCCUUGCCUACUUCCGUUUUAAAGAAUAAUACGAAGGACGUAGAUCGAUAUGUUAAAGAACUUGGCCGAAAAAGCUCCCAAACCGAUGGUAUGGCAAUGUCCGCCGCCGGUGUACUUUAUUUCGGUCUUCUCGCCGAUGACGCUGUCUCUACCUGGGAUACCAAACAGUCCAACUCUUUCACAACUGGUCAAAGGAUCAUAUCGAGGGAUCACAUUCACAUGCAAUGGCCCGAUACGUUCGCUUUUGACGAGGACGGUAACUUUUAUUGCGUUACCAAUUCAUUUCAAAACUUUAUCAACAAUCGCGUAGACAUAAAUGUGCCCAAUUAUCGUGUUAUAAAGACACGUGCGUUAUCCAAGAGUUAUCAAUAUUUCGAAGACGGCUCGACACCAGAACUACCAAAUAUCACCGCUGGCGCCGGUACACUUUCCUACAUUCUUCCAUCGCUGUUAUUACCUCUUUUCCUUCUCCAUCUUUUUAAUUAAUUUUACGUCCAUCCAUUCAUCCAUCCAUCCAUUCAUCCAUACAUCCAUUCAUACGUCCAUUCAUCCAUUCGUUCAUUCAUUUUUUUUCGAUUCAUCGUAAAAUCCAUGCGUUCGAACGUAUAUAUAUAUUUUUAGUCGAUUAUUCGACCGUCAACGACGUCUCGAAGCUCGGAUGAUCCCUUACGGUACUUUUUUUCAAGCAUUAAAGAAUUAAUUGAAGAUGGGUCUUAAUAUCAAUGGAAGGCUGUUACAAAUAUCUUGACCUAUAUACGAUGUAUAUACAUACAUACAUAUAUAUGUACCUAUUAACGAAGGAGAUUUCGUUUGAGCUACAAUCGUCGAUCUUACAUAUGAAACAAAAAUGCAAAUAACGAAGGAUAUAUAUAGAAUGAACGAAAAAGAAAAAGAAAAAUAACAAGAAAAAAGAAAAGAACAAAAAUUUCGAUUCGAAUAGUGCGAAUAUUCGACUUUGUCUUUUCAUCUUCUUAAUAUUAUAUCGAUUUAAUGUAUUCUCUAUGCAUAAAUGCUAUGUCGUAAGAUAUAUUCUAGAUCAAGUUAAUCAAGAUUUUCGAAAACAAUGAGGAUUUGAAAGUUGACAUUCCAAUAAAAAUAUAAUCUCCUUGUCAACCAGUUAAAAUUAUCUCGAGAAUAACGACAUAGCAAGAGUCGCGACGCUUAUCUCUUAAUUUUUUAAUUUUUUAACCUUUGGUUUUAUAAUUGUCAAAAGAAAAGAAGAAAAAGAAAGAGAAAAAGGUAAAAAAGAAAAGAAAAUAUACAUAAUAACAAAAAAAGCACUAAUGAAAACCUGAAAUCUCUACGAAAUUACAUUUUCAGAUGAUACGAGUAUAUUAAGAUGAAAAAAAUCAAACGAAAGUAAAAAAUUUAAAAACAAAAAGACACGAAUGGUGACAACGAACGCACGACCUCGUUUCACGCGUAAACUUUGACUAGAGGUUCGAGAUUAGAGAGAAACGACAACGUUACGCGAUCGUCUAACGACAGAAGGAAAAAAGGGAAGAAAGAUAGAGAGAGAGAGAGAGAGAGAGAGAGAGAGAGA